AUCUGAAGUUGCUCUGUAUACGCGCCGCCAUGAAACGAGUCUCGAGUAAAAUUCUCGCACUAGGCAGUCUCGCGGCUGUAAAAACGAAUCAUAACCCUGGCUGCAUUGUUGGUGUAGGCCCAGCUGGAUUUAGUGCUGCGGCGCAGUUGGAGAUCAAAGGCUACCAAACGGUGACGUUUGAGAAGCAAAGCGCAGUAAGGUGGAAAUGAUGCCAAGUGGUUUACAGAGGUAAGGUCCCCCCUCUGUCUUUCUCCACACAGGGGAGAGAAAUCUUUUGACUUUACUCCUUUAUGACAUGAAGGGUUCAGUCGACUUGGGGCAUUGACUUUGACUCCACCGACAUAUCGAGAAUCAAUCAAACCCUUCGACACAGCAAUUGGGUCUGUUUAUGUCUGAGGUGAAGAGGUACAUUGACUGGUGGAAUAAAAUUUCUUCUUCUAUAUAAUGUUGUAAGUGGUCAAAAUAACUUUCUCGGGUUUGAUUUUCUAGCACGGA